ACAGAAGAUGAUGAAGCAGAUUUACCCAAUAUUUUCAUGCAAAGCUUUAACAGAGAUACCUUGAAUGUAUCGCAAAAACAAAGCUAUGGCUGCAAAGUAGGAAGGGGCUAUGGGCAUUAAUGACUAACCUCAACUCGGCUACAAACUAAGAGUUAAUUGAGUCACAAAACCGAGUCCAACCCAACUCAGCCUAUCCCCAAUUCAAGAGAAAAGUUAGUCAAAUGCACGACCAAGCAGCCAAACCAACCACAAAUCAUCCCAAGGGAAAAACAAUUCCCAGAUCCUAAUCGUUUCUCCCAGAAUGGAGGAGCAAGAAAAUCUCUUGACUGAAACCGUAAUUCACUACUGGGGCAAAACCCGAGAGGAAGAAUACUACAAGCAACAAGGAAUCAGGGCAUCACAUUCAUUAUACACCUCACCUAGGGGACUCUCUCUCUUCACCAGAUCAUGGCUUCCCAUCUCCACUGCGCCUCCGCGUGGCAUCCUCUGUAUGGUUCACGGUUAUGGCAAUGACAUCAGCUGGACCUUUCAGUCCACAGCUAUCUUCCUUGCUCAGAUGGGUUUUGCCUGCUAUGCUAUUGAUAUCGAAGGGCACGGUAGAUCUCAAGGCCUCAAGGCGUAUGUCCCCAAUGUCGACCUCGUUGUUCAAGAUUGUCUUUCUUUCUUCAAUUUUAUCAAGCAAGAUCCAGAAUUUCAUGGGUUGCCCUCAUUUUUAUAUGGUGAGUCAAUGGGUGGUGCUAUUUGUCUCCUGAUUCAUCUAGCAAACCCUAGAGGGUUUGAUGGUGCAAUCUUGGUUGCACCCAUGUGUAAAAUCUCAGAGAAUAUGAAACCCAGAUGGCCAAUUCCUGAGAUUCUAUCAUUUGUUGCAAAAUUCUUGCCAACUUUGCCUAUUGUACCAACUGCAGAUGUUCUAUCAAAGUCGAUAAAAGUUGAGGAAAAGAAGAUAAUUGGAGUGAUGAAUCCGAUGAGGUACAAGGGAAAACCAAGAUUAGGUACUGUUUUGGAGCUGUUGAGAGUUACAGAUUAUCUGAGUCAAAGAUUAUGUGAUAUUAGCAUUCCCUUCAUUGUAUUACAUGGCAGUGCUGACGUUGUUACAGAUCCAAAUGUGAGCAGAGCUUUGUAUGAAGAGGCAAAUAGCGAAGACAAAACAAUCAAGAUUUAUGAUGGUAUGAUGCAUUCUUUGCUUUUUGGUGAGACUGAUGAGAAUAUUGAAAUUGUUCGGGGUGAUAUUUUGGCUUGGUUGAAUGAUAGAUGCCAAGCAAAUUGAUGUUCUGAUUACUUUUUCUUAUGAGCAACAGCUCCUCUUUGUUCAAAUGCAAAAACCUGUGAGGAACUUGAAGAAUUCUAUUUUUCUAAUGGAUUUAAUAUCUUAUUUGAAUUAA